AUGGGUGCUGUUGCAGGCGUGAGCGGGCUGCGGGUGCUGGGCACGCAGCCUCCUGUGCCCCCAGCCCCACUGACCCCCCGCGCACCCAUGGGUGCUGUUGCAGGCGUGAGCGGGCUGCGGGUGCUGGGCACGCAGCCCCCUGUGCCCCCAGCCCCACUGACCCCCCGCGCACCCAUGGGUGCUGUUGCAGGCGUGAGCGGGCUGCGGGUGCUGGGCAUGCAGCACGACGCGGUGGUUUUCCUGCUGGAGCAGCUCCCGGGCGCCGGCUCCUGCUCCCGGUACCGCUUCCGGUACCACCCGCGCCGGGAGCGGGACCCCCCCCACAGCCCCCCCCACAACCCCUCCGGCUGCGCCCGCGCCGAGCUCUACCUGCGCAAAUGCACCUUCGACAUGUUCAGCUUCUUGGCGUCCCAACACCGGACCCUGCCCGAGGGACCCCCCCCCCGAGAGGAAGAGGAGGACGAGGUGCAGCUCAAGCCCACCCGCCGUGCCACCAGCCUGGAGCUGCCCAUGGCCAUGCGCUUCCGGCACCUCAAGAGGACAGCCAAGGAGGCCGUCGGGGUCUAUCGCUCCGCCAUCCACGGGCGGGGGCUGUUCUGCAAGAGGAACAUCGAGGCCGGGGAGAUGGUGAUCGAGUACUCGGGCAUCGUGGUGCGCUCCGUGCUCACCGACAAGAGGGAGAAGUUCUACGACAGCAAGGGCAUCGGGUGCUACAUGUUCCGGAUGGACGCGGCGGAGGUGGUGGAUGCCACGAUGCACGGCAGCGCCGCGCGCUUCAUCAACCACUCGUGCGAGCCCAACUGCUACUCGCGGGUGAUCCACGUGGAAGGCCACAAGCACAUCGUCAUCUUCGCCCUGCGCCGCAUCCACCGCGGCGAGGAGCUCACCUACGACUACAAGUUCCCCAUCGAGGAGCCGGCGGCCAAACUGCCCUGUAACUGCGGCGCCAAGAGGUGCCGCCGCUUCCUCAACUGAGCCGCCUGGCACCCAAGGGUGCUGGGGGGGGGGAAGCGGGGGCUGGGGAGGAGAUCUGGACGUAGUUAUGGAGUCCCAGAGGUGUCUAUAGGCCAUGGGGAGUGAUUCAGAGUCAUAGGGAGGUGGUGGGGAGGAGAUAUGGAGGUGGUCUUGAAGUCCUUGAGAUACCUGCAGCCAAUAGGGAGUGAUGGAGCUGGGAUAUAGAGGUAGUUACGAUGUCCUCGAGGUGCCUACAGACAAUGGGGAGCAAGAAACAGCCAUGGGGAGGUGGUGGGGAGGAGUUAAGGGGGUGGUCUUGAGGUCCUUGAGAUAUCUCCAGCCAAUAGGGAGGAGAUGUGGAGGUAUUUAUGAAGUCCUGGAGGAGUCUACAGUCAAUACAGAGCAAGAAACAGCCGUGGGGAGGUGGUGGAGAGGAGAUACGGGGGGUUCUUGACGUCCUUGAGAUGCCUCCAGGCAAUGUAGAGCAAGAAACAGCCAUGGGGAGGAGAUACGGAGGUGGUUGUGGAGUUCUUGAGGUGUCUCCAGGCCCUGGGAGGUGGUGGAGGUGGGAUAUAGAGGUAGUUACCAAGUCCUUGAGAUGCCUGCAGCCAAUGGGGAGUGAUCGGUAGUCAUAGGGAAGUGGUGGGGAGGAGAUCUGGAGGUGGUCGUGAUGUCCUUGAGAUACCUGCAGCCAAUGGGGAGGAGAUGUGGGGGGUUCUUCAGGUCCUGGAGCUGUCUAAAGCCAAUGGGGAGCGAUGAAUAGUCAGAGAGGAGAUAUGGGAGGGCCUUGAAGUCCUGGAGGUGCCUCCCGCAGCCAAUGGGGAACUGCUACGGGGCGCUCACAAAGCCCUUGAGAUGCCUCCAGCCAAUGGGGAGCAAAGAACACUCAAUGGAGACCCACCCCCAGCCAAUGGGGAGAGGAGAUGUGGGGCCUCCCGAAGCCCUCGAGAUGCCUCCAGCCAAUGGGGAAGCGGCUGGAGAAGGGACCUGGACCCUGCCCGGGGCUGGAGACGGGCACCCGAAGCCCCGGAGAUGCCUCCAGCCCCAUCGCGCCCCUCUUUGGGUGCCUCGGGACACCCCCCCGGUGCGCUGGGGAGCACCCAUGGGUGCUAUGGGGCACCCCACGCCCCCCGGCGGGGCCCAGGGACCAUUUUGGGGCCGUUUCGGGACCGGUUCGGGACCAUUUUGGGGCCAUUUGGGGCGGUUUUGGGGCCAUUUUUUGUACCGUGCCCGGAGCCGCGCCCGAGGCUCCGCCCACAAUAAAAGAGGCGCCGCGUCCGCCAGGGGGCGCUGUGGCCGAGGCCA